CAGAUUAUAAUCUUGCCCCGGAUAUUGCCCACCCCGAACAGCCGAGCCCUUCUUCAACAAUAACCCUUGCAAUUGAUUUCAAGGUUGAUCGAGUGCUCCCAAAAAGAUGACGGAGAACAAGCAAAGCAGCGGCUCAUCUUCUGUGAUGCCGGGCGUUGUCUAUGGAUUUAUUGGUCUCGGGAAUAUGGGAUUUGGCAUGGCCAAGAACCUGAGGGAAUCCAUGCCCGAGGAAGCAAAGUUGCUUGUAUGCGACGUCAACCAUCAGCGAAGAGAUGAAUUCGUUUCUUCUGUGACUAGACCGGUUCAAGUCGCAGAGUCUCCGAAAAUCAUUGCAGAGAACUGUGAUAUAGUGAUUACUAGCCUCCCUACGAGCGAUAUCGUAAAGAACGUGUUCACCGAUCCAUCCACGGGUUUGUUGAGCAUAGAUUCUGCUGGAGCAUCCAACAAAUCCAAGCUCUUCAUUGAAACGUCAACCAUCGAAGUCGACACGUCAAACUAUGUCCGGAAGAAAGUUGAAGACUCUGGACUUGGUCAUUUUAUAGAUGCUCCUGUGUCUGGAGGCAUACCAGCAGCGUAUCAAGGGAACCUGACUAUCAUGGUUGGCGGAGACAAGGAGCUAUUUGAACGAGCAAAGCCUGUCCUCGCUUCCAUGGGUAAGGAGGAAAAUAUCUUCUUCUGCGGACCUCCAGGUGCUGGACUCGCGACAAAGCAAAUUAAUAACUACAUCGCGAAUGUGUCGUAUGUGGCGCUCUGUGAAGCUUUAAUCACUGACACAUCUUGUCCAGGGAUGAACACAGGGGUCCGAUAUGGAUUAGACCCUAAGAUCUUAGCAGACGCCAUCAAUCGCAGCAGCGGUAUGUGCUGGAACUCGCUUCACAUGAACCCUGUCAAGGGCGUCCAGGAAAGCUCACCUGCCUCACGGGACUUUGAAGGCGGCUUCCCGACAGAAGGUGCCAAGCACGUUAUGGACAUGGCUGUUCAACUCAUGGACGCUGUAGGGGCAAAACAUGUUAUGGGGAAUGUCAUGAAAGACAUAUACGAAAGAGCCGUCAACCAUCCCAAAUGCCGUGGAAAAGAGUGUCGCAGUAUCUAUAAAUUGUUUGCUGAGAAUGAUGGCAAAGACCUGGGAAACACGUUGAUCGGAUAAUGGGAGGCGCAAGUUUGGAAGAGCAGAGACUUCUUGUUUCGCGGAUCUACAUUAUAUAUUAUGGUCCAGGGUAAGAGGCUCAGCGGCCCAGGCAUUCAUCGACUUAAGCUCAAAAGACAAAGCAUUCUCUCGUCGAUUGCGCACAGUAUACUCAAAAAGUCAGCAAAAGAACUCGGCGUUCUGUGUACUUCAACUAACAAGGCGCCACUUAUCAAACUCCACCAUUCCCUUUGAGCUUGCACGAACAAAUCUUGAUAACGCGACCCAAGCCCGGAAUGGUAGUUCCUGAUCGAUGAUAAACGAGCUUGGCAGAAUACCUGGCACUACCUACGCUGCUCAUCACCAUUCACGUUGCCAAUUUAAUGAUAUUCGGUUUCGAUACUUGUUUGUAGAGAUUGGCGUCAAAAGAUUUCUGUGGACUACUGUUUCACCAAAGUUUCCAACCGCUCAAUCACGAUGUCAUCCACGUCCAGAUACCCCGCAGCUCGAAUCUGAGAGCGACGUUUGUUUGACCGUUCGAAUGGCAACCUGAGAGCGUCUUUCCCCGCCAGUGUGGGAGCCGAGUGGAACGCAUUAACGAGCUUGCCAACCUCGGAUUUAAAAUCAGACACUGGCCUGAAUUUUGCUGGAUCAAUGGCAACGAUGAAAAACCCGAAAUCCUCCAAAUUUGGUGGCAAUGCAGGAGCUCCGGCGAGGAUGCCUAAUAGCUGGACCGCGAUUGCCAAUCCGCUGCCUUUAGCUCCUCCCCAAACCGCCAGAGCACCCUUGAGAGCCUUUUCUGGAUCUGUGGUCAUCUCGCCGUUCUCAUCAAAGGCAGUAUCCGGGGGGAGCUGUUCGUUUUUCCGCAUGGCAAGCAUAACUUGAGCAUGGAUUAUCCUUGAUGUACCAAUGUCGUAGAUGAUUGGCACGUCAGGGCUGGGAAAACCAAUGCAAAAAGGAUUCGUCCCCAGUAAAGGCUUGUAUGUGCCCUCCGGGGCCACCCAUGGGGUGCAGUGAGAGGCGAUAAUGGU